AUGGCCAGACUGCGGUGGGAGGUCAGCCUGAAAGAUCUUGGCAUCGAGGGCCGGGUCAAUAUCAGAUCCGCGGCCACCGGUGCCAAGAUCAUAGAGGUAUCCGGGGAAGGGCAUGCCGAUAAGGCUGACCUUCUCGCGGGAACGUUUGCAACAAGUCAGAAAAGCGUGGGAACAAUUAUGGGCAAGAGAACUUGCGUUUUGGAGCAUUGUCGUAAUACAAUGUCCAAAGAAAUAAGUCUCCACCAAUUUCCCAUAAAUACAAAUAUAUUAUCGCAAUGGCUGAAAGCAAUGAAUAUGAAAAAAGUGCCAGGACAAAGUUGGAUAUGUAGCGAUCAUUUUGCGAAAUCUGAUUUCUUUCCACGUCGAAAUGGAAGAAGGAAUAUAUUGCAUUUUAAUGCAGUUCCUUCGAGGAACAUGAAAAGUUUGCUGCGAGUUCCAAGUUUAGGGGACUUUCAGGCUCAGCGGCGCAACGAAAGGCGAGCACAAAGGGCACGAUCACUGGAAGACAUGAGGAGCGGGGAUUGUAAAAUGGAUAUCGACACAAGGGCUGAUCAACUUGUAAAAGCGAGUACAUCGGAACCUUCAAUUGAUGCUGCUGUUAAAACAUAUGAUUCUUCAUUUUUUGAUGUGCCACUAACGUCAAAUUAUGCUUGCAUUGAGGGAAGUGAAAAUUCAUCAAGGGAAGCUGAGCAAAUCGGACGAGAUGAAAAUGUUGAUAAAGCAAUCCAGGAAAGCAAACAGCAAUGGGACACCUAUGUAGUUCCUGGAAAAUGCAGCGACGUAUGCUCGGGUGAUACACUGGACUGCGAAGAUAUUGAUGGUCAUACUGUGAUUGUCGAAAGCAUUCAAGAAUUGAAAGAUGUUGGCACAGCAACUGAUAACUACGAAUUUUUUGUAAACACCGGUAUAGCAGUCAUAGAUAGCAUUAAAUUCGGGCAGCUUAGGCGUGUUUGUUCACGUUAUUUUUUUGAAACACUCGAUUCAUUGUAUCAUGUUCUCAAGAGUGGCAUUUAUUGGCCUACAAAGGAUGAAAUUUUGUCCACUUUGCCGGCAUGUUUUUCCAGCUUUGCGAAAACUAGAAUUGUAUUGGAUUGUACCGAGGUGCCAAUCGAGAAACCAAAAUGUUUGCGUUGUCGCAUUCGAUGUUACUCUCAUUACAAAGGUCGUGAAACUGUAAAGAUUCAAAUUGGGGUUACACCCUCAGGGUUGGUGUCACACCUGAGUGAUGUUUUUGGGGGGAGAGCUUCGGACAAAGCUAUAUUCAACAGCACAGACAUUUUGGAAAAUCUUACUCCGUACGUAGAUGCCAUUAUGGUGGAUAAGGGUUUUUUAAUUGAAGCUGAAUGUGCCCAGAGAGGAAUCGAUUUAAUAAGGCCGCCAUUUCUUGCUAAACAAAAACAGUUCACAACUUCCGAUGUGUGUCAUACUAAAAAAAUUGCUGCUGCCCGUAUCCACGUUGAACGUGCCAUACAACGCAUAAAGUUAUUUCAGAUAAUGUCAGGCCCAGUGUCUUGGCGUCUCGUGCCUCAUUUCGGAGAAAUUGUUACCGUUAUUACUGCAAUUGUAAAUCUUUCACCGCCUAUAAUUGGCGAGCAGGGAUUCAGAGAAAUAAAGACAGAAAAUUGA